AUGGAAGAAAAAAAAGGGUUGACGCCUGUGGAACAUCUUGGUAAAGGAAAGGCAAGUCUUUGGUUGUUGCUGGGCAAUUUGUCGACUGCGGCUUUGAUGUCCUUGGGCCAAACCAUCUACGGGAAGCUCAAGAUACCUUCCAAGUAUGAUACGCUCAUGAUCGUGUUGAGCGUCAUCUUUGUGAAUUGUGAUGUCUUUGUCCUAUUAACCAUAGGUUUGAGACGUAAGUUAACCAAACCCUUGAAGAUGAGUUGUGGCAAGAAGCUGUUGGUUGAUUUGUGGUUGGUUCUCGUGGCUUCCGGGAUCGGUUAUUUCACAAGAGGGGACGAACUGUACUUCUCUUUGUUCCAAGGCUGUGGUGUGCCUCUCCAUUUGAUGAAGACGAUCAAUUACUGGGGAGGUUUCGAAAAUUUCGGGAUUCUCGAUGGCUUGCAGGCCGCGUCGAUCAACGUGGCCGUGUCGUUGUCGUGCAGGCACCCAAAGUGGGCUCCGCUUCUGGUGACUCUCGUCUCUCUUGCUCUUCGUUUCGGGAAAAAGUUCUCCCAAACGCCACCUCCUCCUCCUCCUCCGAGCAGUGUCGUCGAAUUGUGUUGA